AUGUCAAGUAAUACAUUUUCAGAAGAGGGAAGAUUAUUACAAACUGAAUAUGCUAUAAAAAAUGUAGCUAAAGGGGGUACAAUAAUAGGUUUGGUGUGUACUGAUGGAAUCAUUUUGUUAGGAAUAAACAAAACUGAACUUGUAGAUGAAAAUGAAAAAAUUUAUAAAAUUAAUCCAAAUGUCUAUAUUUCUGUGUGUGGACUAUUUGGAGAUGCCAUGCUUUUAAAGAAAUAUGGACAGAUUAAAGCGCAAGAAUUUUUAGAAGAAUUUGAUUAUGACUGUAAUAUCGAUAGAAUAUGCCAAUACAUCUCAGAGAAGAAACAAUUUUUUACUCAGUGCAACAAUACAAGACCUUUUGGAAUAAGUUUUUUAUAUGCAGGACACGUAAAGAAUAAUUAUAAAUUGUGUUCUACAGAUCCCAGCGGUACAUUAAAUGAAUGGAAAGGUGUAUGUUUUGGCGAAAAUGAAGAUGGUAUAAAUAAUGGAUUAAAAAAUGAUUUACCUGACGAAGAUUUAGACCUGGAAAAGGGGACUUUAGAGCUAUUUAAGAUAUUAUCAAAAUUAACUGAAUGUAACAGUAAAGACUAUAAAAAAUAUGAAAUUUUACACUAUAAAAUUAAUGGAACACGAUUUCUAAGUUUUGAUGAAAUUGAAAAAAUUUUACAGAAAGUUGAAGAAGAAAAAUUUAAAAAAUAA